AUGGCAUUGUUUCAUGAUGAGAUGGAGAUCAAGGACUUCCAAUAUGAUGAGGGCUCGGAGACGUACUUCUACCCCUGCCCGUGUGGGGAUAACUUCUGCAUCACCAAAGAUCAGUUUACGUGUGGAGGGACAGUCCCAGCCCCUUCCCCCAACAAAGAACUAGUUAAAUGCUGAAGACUUAGAGGACUCCAGAGCCUGAACUUUGGGGAAUGAGCCAAGCUGGAAAAAUCAAAUGCAAAGUCACUGUCUUCUUCACGGGGACAAUCAUUUUGCAGU